AGUACCAGCAGCCAAUCGGGACAGUGCAGCAGCACAGUGGCUCCUGGCGUCCCUACAGAGAUGUUAGGCUGCAGCUCCGAGGAAGCCUUGAGAAAGAUCCCUGUUUUGGGCCUGGGCACGUGGAAGGCCUCUCCAGGAGAAGUGACCAAGGCAGUGAAGGUGGCCAUCGAUGCAGGUUAUCGGCACUUCGACUGCGCUUAUUUAUACCACAAUGAGAGUGAGGUUGGAGCAGGGAUCCACUCCAAGAUCAAGGAGGGCGUCGUGAGACGGGAGGAUCUCUUCGUUGUCAGUAAGCUGUGGUGUACCUCCCACAAGAAGUCCUUGGUGAAAACGGCCUGCAUCAAAAGUCUGAAGGCCUUGAGGCUGGAUUACUUGGACCUCUACCUCAUGCACUGGCCCAUGGGUUUUAAGGCUGGAGAAGAAGACUUGCCUUUGGACCGCAGCGGCAUGGUUAUACCUAGUGACACAGACUUCCUGGACACAUGGGAGGCCAUGGAAGAACUGGUGCUCACAGGACUGGUGAAAGCCAUUGGGGUGUCAAACUUCAACCAUGAACAGCUUGAGAGGCUUCUGAGCAGGCCCGGUUUGAGAUUGAGGCCAGUAACUAACCAGAUUGAGUGCCACCCAUAUCUUACUCAGAAGAAUCUGAUUCGUUUUUGCCAAUCCAAAGAUGUGCCUGUGACUGCUUACCGUCCUCUUGGUGGCUCAAGUGAGGGAGUCAACUUGAUGGAUGAGCCUGUGAUUCGGAGGAUUGCAGAGAAGCAUAAGAAGUCUCCAGCUCAGAUUUUGAUUCGAUUUCAGAUCCAGAGGGAUGUGAUAGUGAUUCCCAAAUCUGUCAACCCAAAGCGGAUUCAAGAGAAUAUCCAGGUAUUUGAUUUUGAAUUAACAGAACAAGAUAUGGAUGACAUCUUCUCUCUAGACAGGAAUCUCCGACUAGCCACAUUCCCCACAGCUAAAAAUCACAAUGACUAUCCUUUCCACAUAGAGUACUGAGGACAUUUUCCAUCUUCCUCGUUUCUGCUCAGACAAAUCAACACAGUUGGAGAUGUCAUCCUUUCUCUGUGAAGGGUCUAUGAUCAUAGCACCGAGGAUAGGAGCAGCCCGCUUAGUUCUGAGUGCAUUGCUACUUGGAAGAAAACCUAAUUCCCUGAAAAAUAGAAAGAAUUUAAUGCAUGUUAAGUGAUGAAAAGAGGUCUUGAGGACUGUGAUGACUGUCAGGAGAUCCAUACAGUUCUUAUGGUCCAUUGAGAACAUAGGAUGAUCGGAUUUCUACAAGAAAAAAUGAUAUCUGAUCAUUCAUGAAUUAAAUUUAUCUUCACAUUUAAGAAAACUUUGUGUUACAGAGAAAGUAGCACAAUGAAUCUCAGUCCCUUAACUCAGCUUCCACAGUUAUCGACCUGCAUCCCUAUCUCAUUUUACUUGACUCCCCUCUGUGCUCUACCAGUACCUCCUGGAUGAUUUUAAGGACAAGUCCUUACUUUCACAUGUCAAAAGGAAAAUGGGGGGAGGGGGCGGGAAUCUGGAGCCCUAUCUCACAUCAAAAUAGAGGUUUUCUUUUUUGUUAUCUAAAUUUUAAUUUUCAAAUACAGUUGAUUGAUUGAUUGAUUA